AUGUUGUCCCAAGCAAUUGCCAACUACACUUCCCACCGAAGCACAUCGGACCCGCUCCCCUCAGGUCCUGCCCCCUUCACCUGCUCAGAAUCCUUCAAACUAUGUCGACCAGGCACAAAACCUCUCGCCAAGAACUGGGAUCACCACCUCAGCACAGAAUGCCGUAACCGACUACCCUCAAACCUCAAAGCAUCAGCCAGCAGUGUGAAACCCGGAGCUGAUGGUGCACCGAUCAUCCCACAACGACAAAUCAGUCUAGGCGCCGGUCGACCCAUCCCAGAGUACUUCCCUUGGGACUCAUUCGAGUUAUCCGGGAAACACAGCAGAGGGCCAUUAGACGCAGAAGAUGAAGCAGUGGUCAUGCCAUGUACAAGAGGCGAGCAAGAUUUCGACUUUGCAGUUGCAUUGAACUACGGUUAUGCAGCUGGAUCGCCACAGCUGUUGAGAUUCAUCACUGAGCACAUCGAAAUGAUUCAUGAUCCGCCAUACGAUGACUGGGAAACUUGUUUGACCAGUGGAACUACCUCGGCCAUGGAUACAGUGUUUCGUAUGUUCUGUAACCGAGGAGAUUGGAUCGUCACAGAAGAAUACUCGUAUCCUGGAGCCAUCGAGGCUGUUACACCGCUGGGCAUCAACAUCCUAGGUAUUAAGAUGGAUGGCCAGGGUCUCAUUCCUGAGGAUCUGGAGAAUAAGUUGAGGUCGUGGGAUCCUUCUAGGGGACGCAAGCCUUCGGUAAUGUAUAUUGUGCCUUGCGGCCAGAAUCCUACGGGCGCUACUCAGUCGGCGGAGAGACGGAGGAAGAUCUAUCAGGUUGCUGAGGAACAUGAUCUCUACAUCAUCGAGGAUGACCCUUACUACUUCUUGAAGCUACAUUCGAGAUCAGAGUCUGGAGAUGACUCGCCAAUGCCGGUUGACGAGUAUCUGCGACAACUGCCACCGUCAUAUCUCUCUAUGGAUGUCUCUGGCCGUGUUGUGCGUCUGGACGCCACAUCAAAGAUUCUCGCCCCUGGACUCCGAUGCGCAUGGAUGACAUGUUGCUCUCAGAUUGCCGAAAAGUACAUGAACUACACUGAAGUGGGCAGUGUGGCGCCUUCCGGAUUCUCUCAGGUUGCCAUGUACAAGUUACUUGAUGUGACUUGGGGUCAUGAUGGCUUCAUUCGCUGGCUCGCAUUCUUGUCCCACCAGUACCGUCAACGACGAGAUGCCUUGGUCGCUGCUUGUGAGAAGUACUUGCCACCGGAUCUGUUCACUUGGGUCGUACCCGAAGCUGGCAUGUUCCUCUGGCUUCAUCUUCAGUCACCAACUCCACGUGUGUCAUGCUCGUCUUGCUCGGAUUGUUCGAUGGAGAAGGAGAAGGCGGCUCUGUUGGACCUUGAAGAGAGGAUCUACAAUCGUUCUAUGGAGAAGGGAGUAGUGAUUAGCAAAGGAAGUUGGUUUGCCGCUGAGCCUGAUCAACUAAAGGGUAUCAAGCUCCGUCUGACCUUCGCAACGGCACCUCUCGACAGCUUCGACUGGGCAGUCAAGCAGUUCGCAGACGCAGUAAAGAGCGAGUUGUAA